AUGUUGGCUUCGAGAGCUGUUCUGGAAGGCGUCGGCGUCGGCGACUCAACCGCCUCCCCCACCUCCGCCCUCCUCCUCUCCGUCCUCCAAGAGUCCACCGGCCGCAUCGCUACGAUCCUCUUCGCGCACCGUCUCGGCACAGCCCUCGAGCCUGAAUGCAAAAUGUACCGACUAGCCGCCGAUGUCUUCAACGACACAGCCAUGGUGCUCGACUGCUUAUCGCCCGCCUUCCCCAAACCCAUCCGCGUGGCUGUGUUGAGCUUCUCGAGCUGUCUGAGAGCCCUAUGUGGGGUUUGUGCAGGAAGUGCGAAAGCGAGUUUGAGUGCGCAUUUUGCGAAGAAAGGGAAUUUGGGGGAGGUGAACGCUAAAGACUCGAGCCAAGAGACAGUCAUCUCUCUAAUGGGUAUGCUUGCAGGCAGCCUGGUAGUAUCCUACAUCACCUCACCCUUUGCGACAUGGAGCACACUCAUCUUCCUGCUAGGAAUACAUCUAGCGACCAACUAUGCCGCUGUGAGGGCCGUCAGCAUCGCAUCCCUCAACAGGCAGCGCGCCAACAUCCUGUUCAGCAACAUGUUCCAGCACGACGUCGUGCUGAGUCCGACCGAAGUGUCUAAGCGCGAGCGCAUCUUCCACAGAGGUGACGUAUUGCGCUGGUCCGACGACGAAGUGCUCGGCCAGUGUAAGAUUGGCGUAUCUCUCCAGGAUAUGCUAGGCCGGAUAGGGGAAGAAAAUAGGCAAACGGGCUCGCUCGCUCUGCGGACUAUACAAAUCUCCGAACUACUAACCGUCUUCGCCAGCGAGGCAUACAUCAUGUGUCCCGCUGCAUCCGCAUCUUAUAUCUCCAUUGCACUGAAAGCAGAGUGUGGACCGACGGAUCAUCUCAAAGCAUGGGCUCACGCACUGUUGCUUGCGAAGAGGGCCCGAGAUGGGAAUGGGCACUCGGGUGAUCAGCCCAAUGAAGCACUACCUCCGACCAAGGAUCGCCUGGAGGCUGAGUUGAGGCAGACGUUGGAGGACGUCCGGGCGACGUUUGAAAAAUAUGGGGACGAGAUGAGGGGGAAGGGAUGGGAUCUAGAUGUCGCUGCGCUCGAGACGCAAGCCGGGACACGGUUGCAGAUGGACAUGCAGAAAGUGGGAUGA